AUGUUCAAAACCCCGACUCGAGGCCUCUGGGUCUGCACCAAGUGCGCACGCGACUCUGCUUCCCGCGUCCAACGUCGAUCAUGGCUGUCUGCAGCGUCCGGAGCUGCCUCGGCUUCCCACCCAGUCGACCGAUCUGCCCCCGGGGCAGUCAGGGAUGAUGCCAUCCUGCGGGAGCUCUUCGACUCUCCAGCGCGAACGGCAAAGGCCUUCAAGGCGAGCGAGCUGCAGCCCAGCGCAGGCCUCUUCAAGAACCGAUACCUGACCAGUCCCAAUGGCUUCAUCGUUUUUGCCAGGCGCAGCCUGCAGAAGGCCUCGAAGAUUGUGGACCGGGUCCUCGGCGCAUCUUCCACUGCCGAAUACAAGGCCAUCGUCAAGGACUUGGACCGGCUGAGCGACCUCCUCUGUCGCGUGCUCGACCUCUCCGACUUUGUGCGCAUGACACACCCCGAUCCUAGGUUCCAACAAGCCGCCGCCGGCGCCUGGUCCCUCGUCUACCAGUACAUGAACCAGCUCAACACCAUGACCGGCCUCAGCGACCAGCUGACCAAGGCCCUCGCAAACCAGGACGUCGUGGCAUCCUGGUCAGAGGAGGAGAAGACCGUGGCCGAUAUUCUCAAGCUCGACUUCACAAAGUCGGCUGUCAACCUGCCGCAGAGGGAGCGCGACAGGUUUGUCGAUCUUUCGCAACGAAUCAGCGAGGUCGGGUCGGAUUUCGUCUCGGAGAUGGCCCCCGAGAAGGAGGAAAUCGUGCUGCCCUCCUCGAGCUUCUACGGCCUCUACCCGAGCAUCGCUCGAGCACUAACACGAGGCGGCAAGGUCCGCUUGCCGUCCAUGAGCGCCGAAGCACAGGCGGCGCUGCGCACCGUCAAGGAUGAGGAUACACGGAGGGCCGUCUUCAUCGCGAGCCGUACAGCUUCGCGCCGUACUGUGCACAGGUUGGAUACGAUGUUGAAACUGCGAUCGGAACUGGCUGAACUGUCCGGGUUCCAGAGCUAUGCACACCUGGCAUUGAAGGACCGAAUGAUGGCCAAGACUCCCGGGUCUGUCAUGCAGUUCCUUCUGGCUCUGCAGCAACACAACAAGCCCAUCGUCCAAAAGGAAAUGGCAGACCUGCUCGCGCAGAAGCAGACGCAUCUCGACGGCAUGGCUACCAAGGUUGAGCCGUGGGAUAAGGACUAUCUCAUGGAUAGCGUGAGGCUGGACAUGAGGCUGCCGGUCCGUCACCCUGAUCAGCUAGCGGCUUAUUUCUCGAUUGGAACCGUCAUGCAGGGCCUUUCGAGGCUCUUCAGCCGCCUCUACGGUAUCCGCUUUGUACCCAGAGAGACGCUGCCUGGCGAGACUUGGCACGAGGAUGUCCGGCGCCUGGAUGUGGUGACCGAUGCGGGAGACCAGAUUGCUGUACUAUACUGUGACUUGUUCUUCCGCAAGGACAAGUCACCCAACCCGGCGCACUUUACGGUGCGCUGCUCUCGCGAAAUCUCCGAGAGCGAAGUCGAAGAGGCGGCCGCGGAGGUCGACGGCGGCGACGCGGGCCCACGCUUCGACUCGGCAGCCCAAGCCGCCAACGACGGCAUGGAGAGCUCGACGCAGGGCGGCGUCUUCAAGCAGCUGCCGACGAUCGCGCUGGUCUGCGACUUUCAGAAGCAUGAAGACUGGAAGAGCCCGUCGCCGGCGUUGCUGACGUUCCACCAGGUCGAGACGCUGUUCCACGAGAUGGGCCACGCGAUCCACUCGAUCCUCGCGCGCACGUCGCUGCAGAACGUGGCCGGCACGAGGUGCGCCACCGACUUUGCCGAGCUUCCCUCGACGCUGAUGGAGCACUUUGCCGCGGACCCGACGGUCCUCGCCCUCUUCGCGCGCCACUGGCGCACCGACGAGCCCCUGCCCUACGCCAUGAUCGCCGAGCGCCUGCGCAUGUCCAAGCGGUUCGAGGGCUUCGACACGGAGAACCAGAUCCUCCUCGCCAUGCUCGACCAGGCCUACCACGGGCCCGAGGUGGCCGGCCCGGGCUUCGACUCGACGCGCGUCUACCACGGGCUGCAGAGCCGGUUCGCCGCCGGCCCCACCGACCCGCCCGAGACGUGCUGGCAGGGCUUCUUCGGCCACCUGCACGGCUACGGCAGCACGUACUACAGCUAUCUCUUUGACCGCGUGCUCGCCGAGCGCGUCUGGCGCGUCGUCUUCGCGGCCGGCGCCGAUGGCAAGGCCGUCGACCGGGCCAGCGGUGAGCGGCUCAAGGAGAACCUCCUCAAGUGGGGCGGCAGCCGGGACGCGUGGCGCUGCCUGUCUGACACGCUGCAGGACAAGCGGCUGGAGGAGGGCGACGAGAAGGCCAUGGCCAUUGUCGGCAGCUGGGGCAUCAAGGAUGACCACCACGCGUGA